AAAGCCAACCACCCUACUCUUUCAUCACCGCUCCCAUUUCCUACCCCCCCCCCCCCCACCCCCUUCAAACUGGCGAUUCAUAAUCAGGAAACUAUUAUGGUUGAAGAUGAAGAAAAAUGGCCACCAUGGUUGAAGCCUCUGCUUCGUGAAAGCUUCUUUGUGCAAUGCAAGUUACAUGCUGAUUCGCAUAAAUCAGAGUGUAAUAUGUAUUGUUUGGAUUGUGUUAAUGGUGCUCUGUGUUCUGUUUGUCUUCAUCUUCAUGAGGAUCAUCGUGUAAUUCAGAUAAGGAGGUCAUCAUAUCAUGAUGUGAUUCGGGUAUCCGAGAUUCAAAAGUUCUUGGACAUUAGUUCGGUACAGACUUAUGUGAUCAACAGCGCGAAAGUUGUGUUCUUGAACGAACGCCCACAGCCGAAGCCAGGCAAAGGUGUUACAAACACUUGCGAAGUUUGCGAGCGUAGCCUUCUUGAUUCGUUCCGGUUCUGUUCACUUGGAUGCAAGAUUGUUGGGACAUCCAAAAUUUUUGAAAGGAAGAAGAAGAUUUCGCCCGAGAAAAAACAUUUGAUAAUGGCGGUGUCGGAUUCCGAUGACUCAUACAGCAGCAACAGCCAUACCCGACGGCGGAGUAAUCACAAUAACGCCACCAGCUUCACUCCAUCAACGCCACCGCCUACCGCAGCAAGCUUCAGAGCAGUCAAGAGGAGAAAGGGUAUUCCCCAUAGAGCACCAAUGGGAGGACUGAUUAUAGAAUGUUGAUCCAAUCAGUCAACUGGCCCUUAUAAUUUUAUUUAAUUACCCAAAGGCCCCUCUAUUUCCAAACACAAGUGCAGUUUACCUAAAAGAGCCUGUGUGUGGAACCCCUCCAUUUGUACAAAGAAGCAGCUUAUAGGAUAACUUUAUGGGCCAGUCAUGGCAAAAUGGGAAAAGCAAAAAAAAAAAUCUUUAAAAUGUAAAAUAUUUAGUUUUUUUUAUGUAAUUAUGGUGGUCCGGUAUGGUUUAUAGUGUAUGAAUCAUGCCAAUGUACUUUUGUAAUAUAUAAAAAGUGUGAAGCUUAUAAUGUAAAUAUAUAAAUUGUAUAUUGUAUUGUGAGAAAGAUUC